CCCAGCAGCAUCCCUCUCCCCCUCCAGUUCUGCCUGCCCCGCCGCCAAGAUGCUGCUUUUGCUGCUGGGGAUCAUCGUGCUCCACGUCACCGUGCUGGUGCUUCUCUUCGUCUCCACCAUCGUCAGUCAAUGGCUGGUGAAUGGCGAGCACACGGCGGAUCUCUGGCAGAACUGCACCUCCGGUAGCGUCUUCCACUGCCUGACAUCGUCCACGAACGAAUGGCUGCAGUCUGUCCAAGCACUGAUGAUCCUCUCCAUCAUCUUCAGUGUCUUGUCCCUGUUCCUGUUCUUUUGCCAGCUGUUCACGCUCACCAAGGGCGGGAGGUUUUACAUCACUGGAUUCUUCCAAAUCCUGGCUGGGCUCUGUGUGAUGAGCGGCGCGGCCAUCUUCACAGUGAGGCACACGGACUGGCACCAAGCCUCGGAAAACACCUCCUACGGCUUCGCCUAUAUCCUGGCCUGGCUGGCCUUCCCCCUCGCCCUCGCCAGCGGCAUCGUCUACGUCAUCCUUCGGAAGCGCGAGUGACGCCACGGGGCCUGACCGGGGCGCUCCCGAGGUCCACGGAGGAGAUGGAGGCUGGGGAAAAUAGACGAGAAAACGGAAAAGAAAAUUAACCAAAAAAAAAAACAGAAAAAAGAGAGGAAAAA